GCUCUUCUCUCUUCUUCUUUUUUUUUUUUUUUUUUUUUUUUUUUUUUUUUUUAAACCGCCACCCCUCUAAAACCCAAAUUAAUCCUGAUAAGGGCAGGCAGGCAGCGCGGAGCCGCGCGGCGCGGGCAUGGCCGGCGCCCGGGCCGGGGAGUCCCCGGAGGGGCGCGGGGGCCGCCCGCCCGCCGGGCGCGGGGCUCCUGCGCCCGCCCUCCCCCGCCUGCCUCCCGCCUAACCCGCCAUCGCUCCCCCCCUUCCCCCGCCGAGGCGAAGCCGGAGCCGCAGGAGAUCCGCCGGGCGCAGGGAGGGGACAGGGAUGGGUUGUUUUCUCUCCCCCGCCCGCCCCGAGACCUGAGGAGAUGCAGCCCAAGUUCGCCGCGAUGACUCUGCUGCUGGCACCGGGGAUUCUCCGCGGCGUCGCAGCCUCCGGACCGCCCGAAUCCUGCUCCCUCUGAAUCGCCGGGUUAAAGCUCAGUUCUCAUGUUGUGGUUGCUGGGCUGCCGCGCUCCCGUUUUGCGAUGGGAGGUGGAGGAAAAGGGAUUGUCCGUGAGUCAACACCGAAAACGUGAUUAGGAGGAACUGCUUUCACUAAUCUGUUUCUAACCUUUCAGUCCAUGUUGGCCUGUGACCCCUCUCAGCUUUCACAUCCAGCCUGAUCAGACCACAACACUGGUCUCCCUAUGGAAGCAACUGUUUGUAUUUGGCUUUGAGGUCCCAUGGAGAAGCCGAGGAGGGGGAUGGCUCUUCAUAUCCAUGAAGCCUGGAUACUUCUGUUUGUGCUCCCUGGUUUGGUCACUCCAGCUGCCAUCAAUCACGAAGAUUACCCCGCUGAUGAAGGGGACCAGGCCUCCAGUAAUGACAAUCUGAUCUUCGAUGAUUACCGGGGGAAGGGCUGUGUGGAUGACAGUGGCUUUGUGUACAAACUGGGAGAACGUUUUUUCCCAGGGCACUCCAACUGUCCCUGUGUCUGUACUGAGGAUGGACCUGUUUGUGAUCAACCAGAAUGCCCUAAAAUCCACCCAAAGUGCACAAAAGUGGAACACAAUGGAUGCUGUCCAGAAUGCAAAGAAGUGAAAAACUUUUGUGAAUAUCAUGGGAAAAAUUACAAAAUCUUGGAGGAAUUUAAGCCCUCGCCAUGCGAAUGGUGUCGCUGCGAGCCCAGCAAUGAAGUUCACUGUGUUGUAGCAGACUGCGCAGUCCCCGAGUGUGUCAACCCGGUCUAUGAACCAGAGCAGUGUUGUCCUGUCUGCAAAAAUGAAAUUCCUGAAAUGGCCAGAUUUUAAGAUUGCACUUAAACCCCCUUCAGUCAGAGUCUAUGCAAUGUGCUGGUUGGUUGUGCAGAUGCAAGGGGAUGUGCCCAGCCAAGGAGAAGAAGUGCUCCCCAUGCUGGAUUUUGUUGGACUUCACCAUCCUCUCCCCAGGUCCUGGCAGCUGGAGGCAGUAGCAUAGCAUAGCCACAUCACCCUGCAUGGUUGUGAAUUACUGAUGGCAGCCAACUUUUGGGGCACUUGGCCACCCCCACAGCCACACCCCCUUCAGGUGUCAGCCCGAGGGGCCACGGGAAGGACUGGAUAAUGCUCUUUGUGAUGACCAGCAGGAGUGUGAGCUGUGGUGCCCUUUUAGCUCAAUUAGAGCAGUGAUGUGAUUACCAACAGAGCAAAGAAAGGAUUGAUUUGAAAGCUGGGAGAAGAUCAAGACUGAAAAUGAGCAGGUGUAUUUGGGCCAGGCAGACAACAACCUGGCAAAGUACUCCAGUGCUUGCUAUACUGUUCCUUGAGAAGUUAUUUCCCUGAAACUGAUUUUCAGUGGAGCUUGUCCAUCUGAUCACUUCAGGCCAAGGGGUUAAAGGCAUGGAGAUACUGAACUUGCUGGUGAGAAUUAGACAUGAGAGCAUCUGUCAAGAGCUACAUCCUCCAUUGCUUUGGAAAUCUCCAGCACUUGGAUUAUCCAGAUACUUAAAUGCCCUGCUGACUCAAGAUUGAUCUGCUCCCUGGGGUCACAGCUGUUGGAAGAGGCCUCUGUAACAGGGAAAAGCUUUGGAAAAGUUAAAACUUCCAAAAUCAGCCAUCCUGGUGUUGGACAGCAUCAGGGAGGGCUGAGUUGAAUCUGCCACGUCGUGAAGUUUCAGAGAAAGUGAGACUGGGAGCAACGAGGGAGAGGAAAAGCAUUAAGAGGACAAAAAAGCCCUGAACUGAGCAGCACUUCAUGUGAUUAAGUCCAUCCCACAGCUCAGUGCUCACUCAAAGCUGGGGUGCUGGGCUGUGCAGUGACAGGGAUGCUGCUGGAAGAGCUCCAUUCCCAGGGAGCUGCAGCCUGGAGCCAGUAGGACAGCAGCCCCUGAACCUGGUGUGUUCACCUGCACAGGUCACCUGCUGCUCCCCGAGCCUCUGUGUUCUCUGCCUCUGCCCAGCAAGCAAGAAAGGGAUAAUUCACUAAUUAAACAUGGCAGGAAAAGGCUCUGCCUGACUGCUGGAGGCCAGGCAGGAGCUGAAAGCUGCUAUGCUGGAUUUGCAACCCAGGUCCUGACCAUGCUUCCCUGCUUCCUCCACAGCAGAGUUCAGAUGGAUGUAACAGGCACCCUGAAGAGAAGGGUCAGGGAGGAUCAUGAGAAGCCAUUUGUGGGAUGGGACUGGCUCCAGAGCUCUCUUUCAGCAGACACAGCUCUCAGAGACUUGGGAAACACGUUACCUGGUCUGCAUUACUCUUCAAACUCAGAAAUAUUUAUGAAGAAGCUUUUGCUCAAAAUGAUUGUUCUCCCUUGGGGAAGUGUUGCUGAAGUUUGUGUGCACUGGCCUGUGAGAGUGGUAGUUCAAGAUUCACUAUCUUCAUGAUAGUGUCUUGCAGAGAAGGGUUGGGUUAGGGGUUUUUUGGAGGGGAAGAGUCUCUAGAUUCUGCUUGGGAAGGCAGGUUCCUUUGCAGAAUGCAAGGAGCCUGGGCAGGACUGAAAUUAAAGCAGGCAUUGCAUUGCUGUUCCCCACCUGAUU